AUGCCUCCCAAGAAGAAUGCGCAGUCCGUGUCGGCGGAGAUCUCGCUGGCUCAUCUCAAGAACUGCUUGGUCAACCUCCCCUCGACGCUGGUCUCGCUGCUAGUGAAUGUCAACACUCCAGUUCAAAACGUCGUCGUCGAACUAAGCUUCCGAGAUGCCGCAUCGAGCGGAACAAGCCAGCAACGGUCCGUCUUUGUGGGAUGGACCGGCAUGCCAAGCAAGAGGAGGACAGCGCCGCCAUCUACGCGCGAUGGAUUCAAUGGUUCGAGAGGUUCUUCGCGCGACCAAGAUAUUCAACUAGUCGAGCUUGAUGCGACGUUUGCGAAGACGAUAGGGUUGGCGGAGGGCCAGAAGGUCAUGGCGACCGUCCACCUGGAUCCCCCGCUGGCGCAUACCAUCAACAUUGAGCCUCUCACACCCGAAGACUGGGAGAUUAUUGAACUCCACGCGACAUUCCUCGAGUUGAACCUCAUUUCACAGAUUCGAGCGCUCCCGAACCCCUCAUUCAAGCUCGGCGAGACGCCCGUCGCUCCUCAUGCAUUGACCCUGCAUCUCUCCCCAACCUCGACCGCGAAUAUCAAAGUCCUCUCGCUGGAUCCUGUUCCUCCUGCAGACUCGCCGUUCGCAAAGAUCUCCCCCGAUGCCGAAGUCAUCGUCGCGCCAAAGACAAGGCAAAAGAGUUCUCAAAAUUCUGGUGACCAUCGCAGCGUAGCGAGCACCUCGAAAUCCAAGCGAAGCGGUACGAGUACUGUGCGCCGACGGAGUACCAGGGAGGAGCGGAAGCCUACCAUGUUUCUCCGUGGUGUUGACAGGAAAUCUUGUGAAGAAUGGUUCGACGAGGGACCUCUCGCCCAGGAUUUCAGCGUUUGGGUUGACCGCGACCUCCUACUGGGCGAUGCCUUCAAGGGGGUCAACUAUGUCGUGGUGGAUGUCAUUAAGCCUGCAGGCCUUCUACAGCCUCAACCGGAAGAAGGUGGUGCUCCAGCCGGCAUGACCGCGUCGUCAAAAGUGAUUGCCCACCUACGAUCAUGGAUUGAUCCUCCAAAUAGCCAGACAGUUGCUCUUUCGUCGCCUCUAUGUGCAACCCUUGGGUGCACUGGUAUGGUGGGCGGCGUCGUGAAGCUUCAGGCAGCACCACAACAGCUACCCAAAGGACCAGUCCAAGGGGUCAAGGUGUUUCCGUUUGCUGCAAGCACCAAGACGGUCGAGGGUCUUCGGUUCGGUGGUGAAUCCAAGGCUGAAAAGGAGGAAUCUGCCAGACGAUUCCGUCAGAUCUACAAUGCCUCGCGAGGCAUUGACGGUCUCCUUCAAGGACCGUUGACUGAUGGUGCUGUUAUGGGUGUAUACGACGGCCUUGACCCCCCUCAAGGCUGGGAGGGCGGUAUCAUCAAGUUCACCUACGGCGCAGACUUUCAAGAACAAAAGGAUGCGACUAACUGGAUAAUGGGACUUGACCCCAAGUUGGCCAUCGACUUCCAGCCACCUACCCCUCGGCCAUCAUGGAUAUUGGACUCGGACGGAUUCGAGCGACAGCCUACCCAUGACUCACUUCUCGUGGGGAUUGACUCACUCCUAGACAAUCUCCAGUCUCAACUUGUGCAUCUAUCAUCAGUCCUUCUUACCGGAGGCAUGGGAUCAGGAAAGACAUGUGUGGCUAGGCACUUGGCUCAGAAGCUGCGGGAAGAAUCACUCUUCCAUACGCUUUAUUAUCCAUGUCGGAAGCUUGUCAACGACGAGACGAGGAUCUCAACGAUUAAGGAAACUCUCAACCGCCUUUUCAUGUCUGCAAGCUGGGGGGCGCGACUAAACGGAAAGGCUGUUGUGAUCCUCGACGACCUGGAUAAGCUGUGCCCUGUCGAGACAGAGCUCCAAGUUGGAAACGACAAUGGGCGGAGCAGACAAGUUGGAGAGAUUCUAGGUUCGAUUGUCAGGCAAUACUGCACUCGAGACAGCGGUGUGGUACUUCUGGCAACAGCUGAGGGCAAGGAGUCGAUCAACAAUGUGGUUGUCAGUGGCCAUGUUGUACGCGAAAUUGUCGAGCUCAAGGCACCCGACAAGGAGGCGAGACGACGAGUGAUGGAGUCUAUUGUGAUGCAAGACGCCAUGACAGCGGAAGAGGCGGCAACCCAGUUCAGUGACGAGAGUCGACCACAGACUGCCGAUGGCAGCACAGGAGACGACAGCGGCGCGUGGAUGGAUGGUGCCAGUCAUACAAGCCGUGAGAACCCGCCAGCAAAGACCAGCGGGUUCCUUUUGGAUUCAGAUCUCGACUUUUUGGAUAUUGCGGGCUCUACGGAUGGAUAUAUGCCCGGUGAUAUCAGCGUGCUCGUCUCUCGAGCGAGGAACGAGGCCAUCAUCCGGGCCAUUGCCGAAUCACCAAACUCCACAGGGCCUGUCCAUUUUGCCAGGACUGAUUUUGACAAGGCGUUGAAGGGCUUCACACCGGCUUCACUGAGGAACGUGACUCUUCAGAGCUCUUCUACCAGCUUCAAGUCGAUCGGCGGCCUUCAAGAAACACGACAAGUGCUCCUCGAGACGCUGCAGUACCCGACCAAGUACGCACCAAUCUUUGCGCAGUGCCCUCUACGACUACGAUCCGGUCUUUUGCUAUACGGAUAUCCCGGCUGCGGCAAGACUCUCCUUGCGAGUGCCGUGGCUGGCGAGUGCGGUCUCAACUUUAUCAGUGUCAAGGGACCCGAGAUUCUGAACAAGUAUAUCGGAGCCUCGGAGAAGAGUGUGCGUGACCUGUUUGACAGAGCGCAGGCAGCGAAGCCCUGUGUACUCUUCUUUGAUGAGUUUGACUCUAUCGCCCCCAAGAGAGGACAUGACUCUACCGGUGUGACGGAUCGUGUUGUGAACCAGCUUCUAACGCAGAUGGAUGGUGCCGAGGGACUGUCGGGAGUCUACGUUUUAGCAGCCACUUCACGACCUGACCUCAUCGACCCGGCUCUGCUCCGUCCUGGUCGUUUGGACAAGUCCCUGCUCUGUGACAUGCCGUCCCUGGAGGAUCGGGUCGAUAUCAUCAAGGCCCUGUUCCAAAAGGUCCGGCUCUCAGAUGAGCUGACCGAGUCUGACGGACCCCUGACGGAUGUCGCCCGACGGACCGAAGGCUUCUCGGGUGCCGAUCUACAGGCCCUCGUGUCGAAUGCGCAGCUGGAAGCAAUCCAUGACGUUCUAGACGUGGAUGGUCCUACAGUCACGUCGAAGCGUACGAAUGGAGCCGGUGGAAAGCCAAACAGCACGCCUAGCUUUGUGCAGUUCCGCUACGGAGAAGAGGCCAAGCCCUCGGACCAACCAACCCCAAAGAGCAAGUCAGCGGCGCUGGUCGAGAAUGCGGCGAUCCUGUCCAAGCUAGAUGAGAUCAAGAUUGCGCGCAAGAAGGCGAAGCAGGUGCACGGUGCCCCGGCGGCGGUAAACGCGGACGCCAAGGCGUCUGCCGGUGAGCAGCGGGAGGUGGUGAUCGGAUGGGAUCACCUGAUCAAGGCGCUUGACAACACACGGGCGAGUAUCAGCUCCGAUGAGAAGACGCGGCUGCAGAGGAUCUACACCGAGUUUGUGGUGGGUAGGAGUGGGCAGAUGAAGGAUGGGCAGGGCAGUAUGGAGAUUGGGGGACGGAGCAGCUUGAUGUAA